AAUUUCAAACUUCCUUUGACUGUCGCGUUGUUCGGUUGUGGUUUUAUAUUAUUUAUAAAUAUUCACUAUUCUAUUCUGUGUUCGUGACUUUUUGAGUGACAAAUUUUGUGAUUUGUGAUUUUAAAGUGUUGAGACUAAAAACAAUUUUAGAAGCUAGUGUUUUUUGUUUGGUUGGAAUUUGGCAUUUGCUGAUGGAGGAGUCUAAGUUGUCGAUGAUACAAAGGAUACCAAUUAAAAAUGCUAUAAACAGGGGUGAGCCACUUCCACUACCAUCUAAAGUUACUACUCCUCAAAAAGAUAAACAUACGACUAGUUUUUCUCAUUACUGGAGAAAGCGAUCACAGGAGGCCAUCGUGAAUGGAGGAGCAUAUGAACGAGAACAAUAUCGAAGGACUACUCCUUUAUUGAAUAAAGAUGAACAAAAAAGAUUUCUGGCCUGCAUGAUGACCUAUGGAAAAGAGGUACCAGAGACUCCCCAUAAGUCGGUGCUACGCCAUUGUCGACAAACAGAAUUAGAGCGUCGUGCUGACGUCGAGCAUGCGGACUAUCUUACCCAAGGAAUACGAGAACGGAUCGAGUUCCUCCAAGAAAUGGAAUCCUUAGGACUUGGUAAAAAAUACAAGUCAAUAAUUCAAGACGAAAUCGCUCAGAAAAUUUCAUCGAUAGACUCUUUGCCAAAAAAGAACUCAGUGAAGAUUUUGAUGUAUUAAAAUACCAGAGAUCAGCCCGUAAACCAUUUCUAUUUGGUGAAUUAGAAGAUGGCUGAAGAUUAACAUUGCCAUUAUUAUAUAAAACAAGCAGGAAUUUCCACAUCCUUUCCAGGCAAAAUUAGGGAAUCGAACGAUUACAGUGCUUCCAUUCGGAAGCAAACAACGUAAAAAUGGCAUUAUGUCGUAAUUUUUGUACAAUCAUGUAUACAUAUUUUCUUACUUAGUACUUUGUAACAAAAGAAGGAAAUCUAUCGAGUGCGUCAGUUAUUCAAGCAAAUAAAUUUAUGCAAAUGG